AUUUAAUUAGUUGCAAUGUUGUUUAGAAUAAUUAUUAAUUAGGUUCCUAUCUAGAGAAGAAAACAGAUCUAGAAUUCUGUCAAACACAGAGGGCUAUAGAAAGGAAAAUCCCUUUCAAUUACGACAUAGCUCAUUGUGGGAGGAUUGAAUCGGAAGAUCCAUACAAGAAGAUUGAGACGAGCCAAGAUAACAGGCAAAACGUAUUGCAGAAAAAAAAAAAAAAAAAAAAGAAGAAAGAAAAACAGAUCACACUCAGCUGGCGAGACAAGGGAGGACUGCUAGCUAGGAAGAUCAAGACGAACGAAGUUAAGGGGAAAGUCAAAAUAAGAACGAAAUUCACAAAAAAAUAAGGUUGGUCCAACAAAGAAGCAUGGCAGAGGCCCGUAUCUUAUCGAUGAUGCGAAAGCUGGAAUGUCGGCUAGCAAGGUCUAACUGUUUGAACAUUUGCAUGAGGCUAACGUGCUUCCCUGAUGACAGCAUUGGUGUAAGGAAAUGGAUAGACGAGGAGCAAACAGAAAUGAUAAAUGAGCUGAGAAUGAUUGUGGAUAUAAUGAGAGACAAUAAAUUGGAAGAGGGGAGACGCCUCGAUUAUCUCGUAUGCGACGUUGCCGAGAUGGUUCAAGUUGCCCUCGUCUGCGAAUACCACUUUCAGGUUCGCCAAACCCUAACGUGGAUCAGAGAAAUCAAAAAGCACUUACUUAAAUUGGGGGUGGAGACAGACUCAGGAAAUGUCGGAGAAGAUGAAGAUGAAGAUGUGGUGGGAUUGGUGGAUGCUGUGGAAAAGCUGCUUCGCACGAGGAUCCUCAACGAGGAAAUAAGUCGUUCGACUCUGCUUCUGAAAGGCAUGUCUGGUAUUGGGAAGACACUUCUUGCCAGACAAUUAUACAACCAUUCAGACGUCGUUGCCCGAUUUGAUCGCCGUGCUUGGGUAUGUGUUACUCACCUAACUAUUAAAGAGAUACUUAUGAAACUAAUACAACAGGUAGUGAAAAGUGAGGAACUGGAAAGAAGAGAUUCGUUGUUGGAAAAAAUGGAGCGUGCAGACAACCGAAGUCUCCAAGAAAUGCUUCACCGAUACCUACAAGGAAUGCGAUAUCUCAUAGUUCUUGACGACUUGCCAAAAAGAAUGUACUUGAGAUCUAUCUUGGAAGCUCUUCCACGUGAAGGUGAAGCAGGCAGAGAAAGUAGAUUGGUGAUCACAAGUCAUACGACAAAUUUAAAUCCAAUCGACAAUUAUGAAGUUUAUGAUAUGGAAUUUUUGGAUUCUAAUAAGAGCUGGCAAUUGUUUUUACAAACAAUAAACAGUGGCAAUACAUUGAAAAGUGAGUUCAAAUUCCCAAAGGAGUUGGAGAAGAAAGGAAAAGAGAUGUUGACCAAAUAUUGCUGCGGUCUGCCAUUAGCUAUAAAAGAGGUGGGAAAACAGUUAGCAAAGAAGAGAUGCUUAGGGAGUGAAUGGGAAGAACUUCUUCAGCAACCAUUUGAUUUGGGUACAACUUUGGAGAAAUUGGAUCCGUUUUAUCAUAAAUUAGAUGAAGAAGUGAAGCCAUUAUUCUUACAGAUGGCCUUCUACAAGGAAAAUACAACCAUGAGGCAAAAAAAGUUGGAACAGAUUUGGGUUGCAGGAGGUUCAGCAAAUGUUGCUCAAUACUAUUUAAAAGAAUUAGUUCAUGAUUCUUUUAUUGAGUGCAAGGAUAAGGAAACAAGGUAUCACAUGAAUGCUAUACUACACAUGUUAUCCAUCAAAAAAGCUGAGGAGGAAAUAGGUUUUGAAAUCCUAAGAAGCAAUGGAAAUAAUAGACCCUCUCAGAGUCCUCGACUCCAUCGUGUUAUCAUUUGUAGCAGAGACAAGUUCAACUACUCCACGGAUCAAGAUAAACAUCUUGUUUCUCUCUUCUUCCAUGGAGGUGGCUACUUCGAUUCUGGUCCAUCCUAUUGGAAGAGUUUUGAACUACUUAAGAUACUUGACUGGGAAGAUUUUGGGCUAAAGAAUUUACCAGAGAGUAUUGGGACAUUGAUUAAACUAAGGUACUUGGGAUUGAGAAACAAUCACAUUCAAGAGCUCCCAGACUGGCUGGGGCGCUUGAAAGAACUUGAAGUUCUUGACAUAGCUCAAAACUUCAUGAUGGAGGUACCAGAUAUUAUAUGGGAAAUGGAUAGCCUUGUUCACCUCUACAUGUCUGAUGUGAUUUGCCGGAAGCCUUUGAAGAUAGACGCGCUACAGUAUCUGAAGACCUUAACCUAUGUCUCGGUUGAUAAUUGGACUUAUGAGCUCUCGGGCUUAAAAAAGUUGAGGUUUCUUGAGAAAUUGGGCAUAGAAGAAUUGGACGGAAACUCAGAUGUAAGCAAGCUCUUUGUGUCAUUGGCUGACUUGGAGUAUCUUAAACACCUAAUCUUAAGAGGGUAUCGUUUCAGAAGCAUGCCUUGUUUGGAUGAGCUUGCUAUUCUACACAUUCUCAAAACACUCAAAAUAGAUGGACUCCUUGCCAGGCUUCCAAGAAGUUUCCCUCCAAAUAUAGAAUCAUUGACGUUGGCGAAUAGCUGUCUUGAUGAAGACCCCAUGUCACAACUAGCGGGGAAGUUACCCGAGCUAAAAUACCUGAGAUUGCAGAAUGCAUACACUGGUAAACACAUGGUGAUUUUGUAUGACUGCUUUCCUAAUCUCGAAGUCGUCUGCCUUGAAGAGUUGUGGAAUCUGAGAAAGGUAGAAAGAGAUCUUUGGUUCGGGAGAUUAGAAAUCAAGAAUUGUCCAAAUCUGGAAACCCUCCCUGAAUCGAUAAAAUAUUUGCAAGAGUUAAAGAUGGUGACGACCAAAAUCAUUGCAACAAAGAUCCGGAUGUCAGGCUUAAUCUCCAAAAUGACGGAAGUGGAUAUCAAUCCAUAAGCGUGAGUGUAUCAGCGCAGUUUAUUUAAGUUGAUAUGUUUUGUUUGUUGGCAUUUGGAUAUUCUAUAAGUUUUUGUUCCUUUUGAUUUUGCCCCUCGUUACUGUGUGUUUUCAGACAACUUUAUUCACCAUUUUCACAAAUAAUUGUUGUAUAAUGCCCAACAUGUGACAUAUUUAAUCCUA